AUGGACGCGCAGAACGCUCCAUCGAAUGGUGACGACUCCAAGCACCUUCGCGAGGAUCCCACAAGUUUGGACGUAGAGCCAAUAGCUAAGGAAGGUGGUGAAGCCGAUGCUGCGGUAGCCUCGGAACAACCUAAUCAAGAGCCAUUUCCAGACGACGAUGACGAUGGUGAAGGCGGCAGGCGAGAUUCGGAGAUCUUCGAGGAACCGGUGGCCGAUGGUGCCCAAGCGCCUGUGAGACCUAAACGAUAUGAGCUUUCCUAUUGGCCUGCCCACCUCGCAAGUGCGGAGAAGGUUUGGACAGCCGAAGAACGCGAGAAGAGCGACGAGUGGAAAGAGCUUUGGAAGCUUGUCAUACGAUUUCUUUGCGAGAGCCCAGAGGCCUUCAAGAUAUGGCAACACCACUACAUGGAGCUUGAUGAAAGCUACGAAGCCGACAACACGCUCUUGAGUCCUUUACAAGUGGCCGCUGCUUACGAUAUAAAAGGGCUCGUAAAGAUACUUCUAGACCGCGGUGAGCCGGCGGCGGCAGAAACCGAAGAUGGGCGCUCGGCGCUGUGGUUUGCGGCAGGCUCACCUGAUAUCGAGAUCGUAGCGCUCCUCUUAGAAAAUGGAGCCAGCCCUAAUGCACGCAAAGACUUCCCACCUCCAUUUCACGUCUUGCUAUGGCGGACUCCGAAACUCGAAUUUGUCAGUCUUAUGCUUGAGCAUGGGGCCGACUGCAACAUCGCAGACCAAUGGGGGUUCAACGUCAUGCACUGGUUUGCGCUGUUCGGUUCCGAUGUCGAGGUUCUUAAAAUCCUGUUGAAAGCGCAUGGUGACAUCAAUGUCCCCGAUUCGUUCGGAGAGACUCCGUUACACAAAGUGAUGUACAACUCUCAAGACUUGUCCUUGGACCUACUUCGUGCAUUCCUGGAUAACGGUGCCGAUGUCAACAAAGAUGACAAAGACUCACAGAGGCCAUUGUAUGAGGUUUGCGCUGUUGGAAAUACAGAGGCGGCCAAGAUGCUGCUUGACCAUGGAGCUAACAUUCAUGAUGACGAUCUCUUUGGGCAAACCGGCGUCCACAUCGCAGCUGCAUUCGGGCAUUUAGACAUCGUUAAGCUAUUAACACAACGCGGCGCCAACCUAGAGCUGGGCGAUAAGCAUGGACGUACCCCAUUCUUCCUCGCCUGCUCUAGUGGACAUUUAGAGACGGCACGUUUCCUGCUUCAAACGAUGCGCGCAAACGAGCACAAUAGCAUUCAGACAGCCAUGAACGACGGUAGGACUCCUUUGAGCAAAGCAGCUGGCAGAGGCCACGUCGAAGUCGUGAGGAUGCUACUUGAAGAGAUCGACGCAGCCUCUGCGGUCAAUGUCCAAGAAACAGCACAAAGGAGGACAGCACUUCACUGGGCAGCCUACAAUGGCAGGAUCGAAGUUGUAGAUGUUCUUUUGCAAAAGGGUGCCGACGCGACGAUCGAGGAUUCAAAGGGCAAGACCGCUCUUACUCUAUGUGGACAAGGUUGGGCAAAAGACAAGUCCGGCGACCGGAUACCAAUCAUCAUUGCUCUAGUCGAUCACGAUCGGGAGACUGCUGCCAAAGACACUGAACUCAUGGCCGCCGCUGCCAUCAAAGGAAGCACGAAAGUCAUCGAAAAAUUGCUAGAUGCGAGAGCACACCCGAGCAAGCAAGACGAGCACGGCUGGACACCACUGCAGUUAGCAAAGCAGUAUGGCAACACGGAUGCUGCAGCCCUCUUGGCCAAGCGCGGUGCUGAGGUCGGAUCAAGGCCUAGUCGAUGGAAUACAGAAAACGAGAAGAUCAAAAUGUCCGAGGAUGGCUGCGAACUUGAAUACGUAGGAGAGCCGUGCAACGAUACAUCUGGAGUCCAAAUCCUUGCGAAUCAUCCAAUACCAGCUGGGAUCGAGCGCUUCUACUACGAAAUCGAAAUCAAGAAGGACGUAGGAGAUGAUACAAAACUCUUCAAUGCCAUCGGGUUCUCAACGCAACCUGCGCGCCUUGAUCGUAUGCCAGGCUGGUAUAACGCCACAGCCCCUAGCUUCGCCUACCACGGCGACGAUGGUCGUCUCUACGCCAACAGUAACCAGUCAUUGAAGGAGUAUGCGGGCUCCUAUGGUAAGGGGGACACAAUUGGUUGUGGUGUCAUCUAUAACGACAGUGUCGAGGGGACGAUCUUCUAUACGCGGAACGGCGAGCCUCAAGGUAUGAUAAUUCUUACAUUCUCCCUCACUUCUUCGCCUAUGCACAAGUUGACAGGUAGAGUAGGACCCGCAUUUGACAAAGACGUCAAAGGUCGUCUUUAUCCGGUCAUUGGCAUGACAGAGCCUGCCGGCAUUGUGGUCAAUUUUGGUAACGAUGUCGAGAGCAAGCCCUUCAAGUGGGAGCUAGGUAAUAGCGGCAAAUACGACGUUGACGCUGUGAAGAUGAAAAAAGAGGAAGAGCCUGUCACGGUGCAAGUACCCAUCGAAUUUGGAAUCUCGAAUCCGCCUAUAUGA